AUGGGCAAGAGGUGCAACGUCACAGGAUUCGUCCUCUUGGGCCUCACUGUGGAUCCAGAUGGGCAAAAAGCCUUAUUUGUCCUGUUUUUACUCAGCUACGUUGUGACAAUGGUGGGCAACCUGCUCAUCGUGGUGACCGUUAUUGCCAGUCCUUCGUUGGCCUCCCCGAUGUACUUCUUUUUGACUUAUCUCUCUCUCAUGGAUGCUCUUUUUUCCAGUGCCACCUCUCCCAAACUGAUUACAGACUUACUUUCUGAUAAAACAACUAUUUCCUUCGACGCUUGCAUGGGUCAGCUUUUUAUAGUGCAUUUGUUUGGUGGUGCAGAGGUGUUCCUCCUGGUGGUGAUGGCCUAUGAUCGCUAUGUGGCCAUCUGUAAGCCACUGCACUAUUUGACCAUCAUGAGCAGACGGGUUUGUAUCAUCUUCUUGGUGGUGGCCUGUGUUGGAGGUUUUGCACACUCUGUGGGUCAGCUCGCCUUUGUGUAUAAUCUCCCUUUCUGUGGCCCAAAUGUCAUUGACCAUUUCAUCUGUGAGAUGUACCCAUUACUGGAACUUGCGUGCACCGACACCUACGCCAUAGGCCUCACUGUGGUUGCAAACACUGGAGCCAUCUGUAUGGUGGUCUUCAUCCUCCUCCUCAUCUCCUAUGGCAUCAUCCUGAACAAUCUCAAGACUCACAGUCAGGAGGGGAGGCGCAAAGCCCUGUCCACCUGCAGUUCCCACAUCACGGUGGUUGUCCUGUUUUUUGUUCCCUGCAUUUUCAUGUAUGUCAGACCCGUUUACAAUUUUCCCGCUGAUAAAUUUGUAAACGUUUUUUGCACAGUUGUCACUCCCAUGUUGAAUCCCUUGAUAUACACAUUGAGAAACUCAGAGAUGAAAAAGUGUAUGGAGAAACUCUGGUGUGAAAAGUUUCAGGGUCAAGUCACUGCCUGUAUAUUUUCCACUCAGGAUAUUUGUGUGACAGAUGGUACUGCCAAUGACACUAUUGUGGAAGUGUUGUUGGAUGUGAUUGUGGUUGAUGACAAAAGCAGACUCUAG